GUGGGGAAAUCGAUGAUGUGUAUUGGUCAAGACUUGGCAGGAUCUCUAACCCCGUAAACAUCCAACCAAUGAAGCAUGUGUUGUUUAAGUUCUCUUUCGUUUAACCUCUAUUUACCAUCUUUCGUGUUCAGUCAUAUUAUUGACAAUGCUUAUUGCGGAAUUUAUUCAUUCUGGUAUGUAAGUUGAUAAACUAGUUGCAGAAGAUUUUCAGAAAAGUGAAAAAAAGAAGUGGAAUGGAUUUUUCCCUUUUAAAGAAUUUGAUGAACACCGAUGACAAACUUGCGCUAAAGAGUAAGAUCUUGCUAAGUCAAUUAAUCUUGCUAAGUUAGAUAACUCUCAUCGUGAAAUAUCCAAGGCAGAUUGUUAAGCAGCAAACGACAUGCAGAAAUACGGAAAUAAAUCAUCCGCCGAAAACUCUGAAGGAGAUUGUGUACAAUUGUCGAAAUCGCCUGGAGCGUUUAAAAAGAAUAAGAGGCCAAGUAGACGUAAACGUAGAAAGGCUCAGGUACUUGCUGAAGCGCAACAGUCUUCAACCGAAGUUAGUGAAAGCGAACCAAGUACAAAAAACUUUUUGUUCAGUCUACAUAAAAAAGAUUCAGAAGACAAAAUCACUAAAAAGCAUAAGAAGUCAAAAAAAAGUAAACAGAAAGUUGAGACUGAUGAUAGAUCUGGUUUUAAACAGUCUGCGGAAAUUAUUGAAAACAAAAAUCCUAAUCACCAAAGUAGUGCUGAAUCAAGUCAAAUAGGCUUGGAGAAGGCUACCAUUAAAAAAUCCAAUUCUAAAACGAAGCAUAAAAUUAGUCCCAACAUAACUUUGACAGACUUCUUUACCCCUAAGGUAAAGAAAUGUGUGAAAGACGUUGAAAAAUCAGAUGAUAUGAAAUAUGAAUCGAAGAGCAAUCGAAAACGUCGUAAAAGUGAGCAUGCAAUACUAUCUGACAAUUCAACGAUUAAUCCAGUGAUGAGCUGUGAUUCUUCUAACAUUUCAGUAAAAAAGUCUAAACUAGACACAGGAGAUUUGAAACCAAAGAUUCUCGUAUCGAAAGAAGAAGUUGCAUCUAAAAUAAACUAUGAUGCUGAAGAAAAGUGUCAUAAUACCCUUUUAGCAAUGAUACAUGGCGACGCAAGUAGUUCAGAUUCAGAUGAUGAAACAAAAACCACCAAUGAUGGCCGAGAGAAGCCACCGCGUGAAGAAAGUUUAAGAAAAACCCGUAAAACGACAGUUAACGAGAUAUUUACAACUAGUGAUGACGAAAAAGAAAUAGAAUCUUCGGACCAAGAAUCCAUAAAAAUCUCUAGACAUCGCAAUUUUGAAUUAGCAGAAGAAGCUAAAGAUGUCGAGGAAAUGAUUAGUGCCUUGGAAGAGGAAGAGCAACUUCCUAGAGAAACUGUAAAAAAAUUGCGAAACUUAUGCGUGAAGUUAAAACACACCGUACCGCCACAGCACAUGAUUGAAUCAUGUGCUGGAUCUCGAGGUCCUACCAAAAUCCAAAGGGAAGCUAUUGAAAAACUAGGUCCUAUCAAAUAUGGGAAAUUCACUCCUGAAGAAGAUGACAUGAUUGUUGCGAACUGGAAAUCGUUUUGCAAAACACACAAUUGGGAUUCAAGAAAUGUGAAGCCUUUUAUGUACAUGAGGCAUCAUCAAAUUGGUACGGUAGCAAAAUUUGAAGAAAGACAGAAAUUUGUCCAGUAUUUAGCAGCCGGAUUACCAUGGAGAACAUUGUAUAGUGUUUACUGGAGAUUCCGAAAUUUGUAUCAGCCACAUGUUCAAUCUAGGUACACUGACAAGGAAGACAAGCUAAUAAUAGCUCAUAUGGAAAACGAUUCGGCUAUUCAUUCAAAAAAUAUUCGAAAAUUUUCUGAACUGGGUAAAAUUUUAAAUAGAACGAGAGCUUCUGUUUGGCGGCGUUAUAGAUUGCUGAAAAAAAAGAAGAAACCUAAAAGUAUAGAGUGGGAUUCUUAUUUAUUGAAAAAGUUUAUACGAAAUUUAAUGCUGAUUACAUUGAGUGACGAUAUCCGUCAGUUAAAAGAUCUAUCCAUACCACUUGUUGUGUGGAAAAAGCUAUCAAAGAAGUUGAAAAUAAAUGAGAAAGAUUUGAAGUAUUUCUGGCUUGUGAAGUUGCAUAUGCAAUUAUUUUGCAAAGAGCGAGUUUACCUAAAUGAUGUUAAGAUAAAAAUAAUUGAAUACAUCUAUGCAAUGGGAAUAUCCGAAUGGUGGGAGCUUGAAUGGUCAGGUAUAUCGAAAAAAUUUGAUGGCAUGACUUCGACAUUUCUGUCGACAAUAUUUAACAGUAUGGUUCAUGAAGAAAUUUUUCAAGGCAAGCAAUUGAGUGAAAUUGUGGAAUAUUUGUAUCACGUUAAAAAACCACAAUUACAAGAAGCUACCAUGGACAGAUGUCUGCCUAGAAUUGUUUUUACAAAAGAUACCGUCAAACUGUUAGACACAGAAUUGGAUGAUCAACUCAAAUUAAAGAAAUUACUCAUGGAAAAUUCUGUUGAAAACUCGGCGGACUUUGACAAUACUGAAAUAACAAACGUAUCUGACAAAACAAAUGAGAGCGAUGACUUAAACUCUGAAUGACGAUUCUUCCUGAUGAGAUGUAUGCGGAACAAGGAUAAAUCGGGACUUCGUUUAAUAGAUACAAAACUGUUUUCUCGCAUUCAACAUGUAGCUGUAUAUUCCGUUCCGACUCAAGAACUUUUUUACU